AUGUCAAUUAGAAGUAAACCAAAACCAGUAAUGGAAACAAGAGUAAGAAAUAAAAUGGGCAAUGUCAUUGCUCAAAGAAAGGAGGAAUAUAAUUUUGUUGAUGGAAACGAUAAAGUUAUUCAAAGUACUAUUUAUAGAUUGUAUUUGAUUUCGAAUGGAAAGAGUGUACAUGCAUCGACACAUUCGAUCUACAAUUCCAAUUCCAACUCCACACCCACUUCACCACAGACUUUGACAUCGAAUCAACUAUCGAACGCAUAUAGCAAUGUACCAACAUCACCAAAUUCAUCUUCCUUAAUUUUAUCUUUUAAUCAAUCAACAUCUUCAUCUUCAUCUUCAUCUUCACAACCUUUAGUUUCAUCUUCAACUAAAAUAUCAACUUCAACAUCCACCUCAAAUUCGUCAUUAAAUGCCGAAGUACAAACAACACAACCACAACCACUGCCACCACCACAACCACAACCACAGUUACAAAAUCCACCAAAACCAUCAAGACCAACCACAGCACCACCCAGUCUUAAAGUUUUGAUGGAAUCACUUUCAAACAAUGCAUCUACCAACAACUUGUAUGCAACAUCGAAAUCCAAUCUUGACGUCACAUCUCAACAACAACAAUCACAUAUUAACAAUGAUUUUAUUGAAGCUACUCAACAAGCUCUAGAAUCAUUAGAAUCUUUAAUUGCUCAAUCAAAACAACAACAACAACAACAAGAGGAAGAAGUAGUACAAUACCAACAAGAGCAACAACAAGUUGAGGAAGAAUAUCAAUAUGUUGAGCAACAAGAAUAUCCAGAUAAUAAUGUAAAUGUAGAACAAAACCAAACUGAAGUAGAACAAAUAGAUCAAUCUCUAGAGCAACCGAUUCAAUAUCAACACACUGAACACUAUGCAGCUGAAGAGGAAGUUCAAGAGUAUAUACAAGAGCAAGCAGAGGAAUAUAUUGAAGAGGUAACAACUGGUGAGCAACUAGUCGAAACCACUGUGGAGGAAGGUGGUCUACUUAAUAGCUCGGUAGAGGAAGGUAAUGCUGAUAGUAGUAGUAGCGAUCACGAUAACAAUGUAAAUAUAGAAAUACAAAACGAACAACAACAAUCAUCAUCAUCAUUCAAGAAACCAGAGUUACCUUCAAAAGAUUCAGAUCUUUCAAAGUCAAAUGGUGAACUACCACUCGAUCCAGAGGCACGUUGGAAACGUCGUCUUCUCAAUGGUCGUCCAGUGUCUGGCAGUGGAUUCAAUAUCGGUCGUGCCAGAAAUAGCUUUAUCGAUCCAACGACCACCACUUCCGCUCAGAACAUGUUGUCAUCUCAAUCGCAACAAGCAGUGAGCGGUGCCAGCUCUGCACCGACAACACCGACCAAAGUCAUAUCGAGACAAGAUUCAAACUCGAGUGUCGAUUCACAAGCUUCGAACUCCUCCGGUAUCAACGCAUCAUGGUCAAUGGCAAAGAUCGAAAUAAACGAAGCCGACAAACCACGAAAGAAACCACUACUCAUCAUCAACAAGCUCAACCCAGCGGAUCUCGAACGUUUCAACAACCCAGAGUUACUCCCAACUAUCAUCAAGUGUCAAUCUUUUAUUAGAAGAUAUCAAUCAAUGAAAAUAUUAAAGAAAAGAAUUAAAGAUAAUAUACAUAGAAAUAGAUGUUUUAAAGAGAUAUUAUCUUCAGAAGAGAAUUAUGUAACUGCAAUAGAGAUGAUCGUAAAAGUAUUCUAUCAACAGAUCGUGUUCAAUACCAAGGUAUCACCAACACCAUAUUUGACACAGGAUGCUAUCAAUACGAUCUUCUCUACGGUCAAUGAGAUCUACUCGUUCAAUACAGAGUUGCUGGCGCGUUUGAGAGAGCGUGCCAAAGACUGGUCUUCACACCAAAAGAUCGGUGAUAUCUUUGUUGUGAUGGCACCCUAUCUAAAGUUGUACAAGACCUACUGUCUCAACUACGACAACGCUAUCGAGUGUCUACAGAAAGCAAAGAAGAACGACAAGUUUCAUUUGUUUAUAAAGGCAUGUCUCGAUCAUCCCGAGAACCCAAUGAAACAAAGUCUAGAGAGUCUGUUGAUUACCGUUGUUCAGAGAAUUCCUCGGUAUAUCCUACUGAUACAAGACAUGUCUUCACACACCUGGAAGGAUCACGUCGAUUACGAUUCUCUAAAGACGGCACUCAAACACGUGCAAACCGUUGCCAGCGAUGUAAACAUUGCCAUCAAGAUGGCCGAGUCACAAUCAAAGGUACUGGCAAUACAACGAUCCCUCAUCGGCUGGGAUGAAGCAUACGAUCUCGUCAAUCCCUCCCGUCAUUUCAUCAAACAAGGUAUCAUCUACCAGUGUCAUCUCGAUACCAGAUUCGCCAAGAACCUCCUAGAGAUGUUCUAUUUCGCAUUCAACGACUCCAUCCUAAUCGCCGAAAAGAAAGAUUCAACAAAGUAUCAAUUUAAAUAUUUCUUUGAACUUUCAAAAACAAGAGUUAAAGAUGUAGAUGAUAGUCAAGGUGAAACAACAGCAAUGGUUUCAUUCCAUACACCUCAGCUAAAGAAGAACAUGAUAGAAUACAUUGAAAAAGGAAAACAAGGUCAUAGAUCACAAUCAGAUAUAUCACAAUCAUCUUUUUCUUCAUUCUCUGAUUUACAACAAAAAACUGUUCUAUACAAUUAUAAUGUUCAAAUUAAAAAGACAGAGAGCAAGAAGAUUCAAGGAAAGAAACCUUUCACCGUUUACAUUAUCGAUAUCGUCAACGAAUCUACUGGCGAUCUAUUUUCAAUUUCAAAGAGAUACAGUGAUUUCGACUCGCUUCACAAGAAGCUGAAGCGAAAGUAUCCCGAUGCCGACAUCAGAGACCUCCCAAAGAAACACUUGAUCAACUCACUCGGUACCAACACCGUUGAAUCGAGACGUGUCAUGCUCGAAGUAUUCCUCCAGGAUCUCUUCCAGAAGGAGACCAUCAAGAACAGCAGUUAUCUUUUAAACUUUAUCAGUAAAGAGUCAAAUAACAACAACGGCAAAGAACUGAAAAAGAACCCAUCGGAACUGAACCUCGACGGUGCCGACCUCAUUACAAGACAAAAGAGUAAAGAAGAUCUACAACACAUGACAAAGAGCAAUUCCAACUCCAAAUUCAACGAUUUUAUUGAUUAUGAAAGUGCUGAUGAAGAAGAUCAACAACAGCAACAACAACAACAAAGUUGA